AAGGUUGGCAACACCGAACGAAACCUUUAAUUUGAUUUGUUUUCAUCUUUUUUCACAUUUUUGUCUUAUGGUUUAAAUAAAAUUCUUGUCAUAAUUAUCAAAUAAAUAAUUAAUGAAUUAGUUACCUGCCUUGAUUACCUGUUACAAUAUGGCAAAACAACAAGGUAGAGUUUAUUUAGGAUACGAGGAAGAAACAAUUGGAGAGAAAAAUCAAACCUUACUCAAUUACACAGUCAACAAAAUCGGCGGAUUACCCAAUUGGCCUCCAUUAUCUAACUUGCACUUUUCUACUAAGUGCCCUUUAUGUGGAUUAAACAGAUUAUUGAUCGUACAAUGUUAUGCUCCACUUGAAAAUUCCAUAUAUCACCGCACAAUAUACAUAUUUGCAUGUAUUAGCCCCAACUGUUGGAUCCAGUCUGAAAGCUGGCUAUGUGUCCGAAGUCAAAUUCAAGAGACUGUACCAACAGAAUCCAGUACAAUUGUGGUUAUGCCGAAUGUAGACACAAAUCUUUCUUGGUGUAAUGGUGCUGAUGAGUGGGAUGAAAAUGAUAAUGGAGAUACAGCUAAUGGCAAUGUUAUGAAUGUUGAUAAUGCACAAAGUCCAAGUAAUGCAUUACAGAGACAAUCAGAUGAAGAUGAGGAAAGCAAUUCGUUUGAAUUAGAAUCUGUGGAACAAGCUUUUGGCAACCUUCAGAUGUUUGAUGCACACAAUGCAAACAUGUCACCUGUUCAAGGAGCUGUGGGUGCUAUUGGUGCCCCAGUAGCAGCGGCUGAACUGGAAGGAGGAGAUGAGCCUGGAUUAGUCACAGUGGAUACACCUACAGCACCCAACAAUGAUGUUGAAGCUCUUUUACACCAAACAGCUGAACUUCCAACCGAUUUAAGAAACAAACUCAUGUGUGGGCCAUUACAAUUUAUACCUAAAUAUAUUUUUGUAGAAGAAGAAUGGAAAUCAACUGCUAAUAAUGAUGACAAAGUGAAUGAAUUACUGAACAAAUAUAGAAGGGAAAAUGAAAUAGAAGCUUGCAGUGGUGAUCAUGUGGGUGGCGGUGGUGGUGGACCUGAAGAUGAACCAUACGAAGAAACAACUCCUUUACAUGGAGACCGAAUGUUUCAUACAUUUAUAACUCGCUUGCAAACUAAUCCUGGCCAAAUACUUAGAUAUACCCGAGAUGAACCUCCUUUGUUAGGUGCCCCAUUGCCAAGUACAGCAAGCACUCCAGAGUCGCCGUGUGUGCCCACCCUCUGUCUCCGCUGCGGCUCCAGACUUAUAUGCGAACUUCAGCUUGUACCACAAUUUGCCGAAACAUUACGUUUGCAUCCAAAUAAUGUUUAUUUGUCUCACUUACACUUCUUAUCUGUUCUGAUUUUCACAUGCUCACAGAGUUGUUGGCACCAGUCUGAUACACUUGUAAAGGAAACCGUUAUAUUCCAACCGGAAGUUGUAUGAGUUCAAAAUUAAUUGAUGCUUGCAUUAUUUAACUGUAAUAAUUAUUUUGCAUAGGUCACUUGCACAUUUGUAGGACUGACAUUGAGUCGAGCUUUGUGCUUAGGACAAAUAAUAACUUCUUUAUCUUAAGAAUAUUAUUCUGCUCUAUUAUUGAUGUUUUUUAUUCUAUAACCAUUAUUACACCAGAUACCUAGGCAUGUUAGGUACCAUCAUUAUACAAAAGCAUCUAUAUACUUUAGUUAUAUUUUUGAAAUAAAAUAUGCUGAUCUAUUCUUAAAUUAGAUGUUUCGUCUGUGAUUCUAAGUCGUUAUUUUAUUUUUAAUGUAAAUAGGGAAGUUAAUUUAUUAAGUUCAAUUUACAUAAUAUUUAUUUAAUAUAUUCAUUCCGACAAAUCGGCAAACGUAGUUUACGUCAAACGUAAAAAAGACAGUAGAAGUGAAAUAUGUAGUAUUAGAUCAUUCAUUUAAAUAAAAAUUCUAAUAGUGUACCUUUAUUGAUAAUAUAAUUUUAAUUCCAAUGUCAUUACUUGGUAAAGUGUUGGUUUCCUAUUGUAAUUACCAUCCAUGCUUAUGGUAUUUAGAUCAUAAUCUCCUUAUUGUCAAAUCGUCUAGAAUAGAUUUAGUGUUGAGAAUUUGCCACUCUCAAUUAAUAACUGUGAUUAUUCUAAUUAAUAUAUAGUGCCGAUCCACAACAUUGUUAUGUAAGUGAAUAUAACACAUUCAAAAUAUAUUAAUACAACUAUAUCAUAAAUUGUACUACCAUCGUGUUUAUUUUGGUUAUUUAUACUUAUAAUACAAUUCCAUAGAAACA